GUUUUCUACGUUCAAGUAGGGCCGGUUCGGUCUCAAGAAGGCGUUGCGUAUGAGACACCAUCUUGUAUAAUAUCGAGGAACGAGAACAACAAUUUCAUACUACUUCCGCUGACUUGAAUCCCUGAGGCAAUCUUGCAUUUUGUUCAUACAGGUACAUUUUGAGGAGGAACGAUGACCCAUCUAGACUCUAGGGUUCUUGCUUGCGCCGAUAAGAGCGAAGGAAGUAUGAAUGAUCCGACCGAGUCAUUGUGGAGAACUACAUAAGUCUCUGCUUCUAUCAGUUGCUCUACCACUACACCUUGCAAGUCGCUCACAAUGGCAUCCGCUCAGUUUGCUUCGUUCAAGGUCCCAGAGAUCGUCAAUGAGCCUAUGAGAAGCUAUGCGCCAGGCUCUCCAGAACGAAAGGCCUUGCAAGAGGCUCUUGCUCAAAUGGAGAAAGAGCUUCCAUUUGAAGUGCCUUGCAUUGUGAACGGCAAGGAGGUCCGAACGGGCAAACUUGCGAAGCAGCCCAUGCCUUGGGAUCAUGCCAAUCAUCUGUGCACCUACCAUGAAGCAGACCAGGCAACGGUCGCAAGUGCGAUCGAAGGUGCAUUGGCUGCUAAGGCCGAGUGGGAGGCCUUGCCAUGGAACGAUCGAGCUGCGAUCUUCUUGAAGGCUGCUGACCUUGUUAGCGGCAAGUAUCGCUACAAGUUGAUGGCUGCUACAAUCCUGGGUCAAGGAAAGAACACUUGGCAAGCUGAGAUUGAUGCUGCAGCAGAGCUGUCAGACUUCUUGCGAUUCGGCGUUCAGUAUGUCGAGGAACUCUACUCCAUCCAACCACCAAAGAAUUCUUCUGGUAGCUGGAACCGCGUUGAGUACCGUCCUCUGGAAGGUUUCGUCUUCGCAGUUUCGCCAUUCAACUUCACUGCCAUUGGUGGUAACCUGCCAGGAGCCCCCGCGUUGGUCGCAAACACUAUUGUUUGGAAGCCCUCACCCGCCGCUACCUACUCUAACUACAUUGUGUACAAGAUCUUUGAGGAGGCUGGUAUUCCUCCCGGCGUGAUUCAGUUCAUCCCGGGUCCUCCCGCCGAAGUCGUUGCGCAAGUGAUCGCUCAUCCCGAAUUCGCUGCGUUGCACUUCACUGGUAGCACCUUCGUCUUCAAAAAGUUGUGGAAGGACAUCGCUGCUAACUUGGACAACUAUAAAAGUUAUCCUCGUAUCGUUGGCGAGACCGGCGGAAAGAACUUCCACCUGAUUCACCCAUCGGCCGAGGUCAAGAAUGCCGUUUUGCAAACUGUCCGAGGUGCUUUCGAGUAUCAAGGUCAGAAAUGCUCUGCUCUCUCUCGCCUCUAUGUGCCUUCUUCGGCUUGGAACGGCUUCAAGGAGCAGCUGCUCACAGAAGUCGCCAAGUUGAAGGUCGGCCCGCCUCAAGAUUGGACGAACUUCAUUGGACCAGUCAUUGGUCGACCGGCAUACGACAAGAUUAUCGGCUAUAUCAAAAAGGCGAAGGAUGCUGGCGGUGAGGUUCUCAUCGGUGGUAGCGGCGAUGACUCCAAGGGAUACUUCGUUCAACCCACUGUCAUUCUGACCAAGGAUCCCAAGUCCGUCACGAUGGUGGAAGAGAUCUUCGGUCCUGUCCUCACUGUCUACGUCUACGAUGACAAGGACUAUGAGAAGACUUUGGAACUCAUUGACACCAGUACUGCUUACGGUCUUACUGGUUCCAUCUUCGCAUCUGACCGAAAGGCACUUAUCCAUGCCAGCGCCAAGCUUCGCAACGCUGCCGGAAACGUCUACUACAACGAGAAGUGCACUGGUGCCGUCGUCGGUCAACAGCCGUUUGGUGGUGCCCGCGCCAGUGGAACGAACGAUAAGGCUGGAAGCAUCUCUAUCUACUACCGCUUCGUCUCCGCGAGGAGCAUCAAGGAGAACUUUGUGGGGCUAGAGGAUUUCUCGUAUCCUUCUAACUUGGUAUAAAUGGAAUACGCUGCAGGACUUCAUACAAUUGAAAUCAAAGAGCAAUGGACCAAUUUUUUUGUGCACAAUAUGUAUCCAUAAUUGCCUCGACCCAGAUAUGAUAUAAUCCAUAGCACGACUCUA